AUGAUUCUUUCGAUUUUCGCUCUUUUGAUACUACAAUUCAGUUCCACACUCGCCUGCAUGGCUACUAAUAACUCAGCUGGUGCAGCAACUUCAUCAUGUGCGGAACCAACACAGACUGCCACACCGGACGACGUACAACUGGUAUUGGAUCCCUCUGGUAGUACACUUACUGUGACUUGUACAACUCAAAUAACUUCUCAAACUUCUUCUGUCAUCUACAACGGCGUUACAACUUCUCUGUCCUCGAUAAGUAUGACAUGCUUGGAUGGCGAUUAUCUGUACACUACUCCUGCUCCGACGACAACAGUACCUGUAACGUCUGUCGGAUGUACAGCACCAACUCCAUAA